GCUUUUCCGGCUUGUCUUUUGGUGUUGGGUUUCAACUUUGAACACACCCUAUAGCCACAAGGGCGUUUGGGUAAUCAGUGUUGAUGGCACAGGACACACUGAAGCCAACCAAGAUCUAUCCAGUGAUGGGUGGUGUUCUAGCCAUUGGGUUUCUGCUUUGCAACUUGCUGCUGCUUUUUGAUACUUCAUUUUCACAUCCUUUAUGCAUUGAUUCAAGGGCACCUUCUACCCUGAGUAGCCCACUCAAAUUUUGUUCUUACAAUGAAACCGCUUGCUGCAACUCCACAGAAGAUUUACAAAUACAGAAACAAUUCCAAACCAUGAACAUCUCCAAUUCUGGCUGUGCUUCUCUCUUAAAAUCAGUACUUUGUGCGAGGUGCGAUCCAUUUUCGGGUGAGCUUUUUACAGUUGAUUCUGUGCCCCGGCCAGUUCCUCUACUUUGCAACUCCACUGUUUCAGCAAAUUCAUCCCAGUCUAUCCAAGAAGUGAAUGAUUUUUGCUCUAACAUAUGGGACACAUGCCAAAAUGUGUCCAUAUUGAACUCUCCCUUUGCCCCUUCAUUACAAGGCCAAGCUGGAGUGCCUGUCAAGUCCAAUGUUAGUGAGCUAACCAAACUCUGGCAAUCGAAAGCCGAUUUCUGCAAUGCAUUUGGUGGAGCCUCUAGUGAUGGAUCAGUAUGUUUUGGUGGUGAACCUGUCACUCUAAAUGAUUCUGGAACUCCAAUCCCCCCACAUGGUUUGUGCCUCGAGAAAAUUGGAAAUGGAUCUUACCUCAAUAUGGUUGCUCAUCCUGAUGGCUCUAACCGCGCAUUUUUCUCCAGUCAACAAGGCAAGAUUUGGUUGGCAACUAUUCCUGAAGAGGGAUCAGGAGCAGCAAUGGAGCUUGAUGAAUCCAGUCCCUUUGUGGAUCUAACUGAUGAAGUUCAUUUUGAUACUGCAUUUGGAAUGAUGGGUAUGGCAUUUCAUCCCAACUUCGCGCAAAAUGGCCGGUUCUUUGCUUCAUUCAACUGUGAUAAGGUGAAGUGGCCAGGAUGCACAGGAAGAUGUUCAUGUAAUUCAGAUGUCAAUUGUGAUCCUUCAAAAAUAGGUUCUGAUAAUGGUGCUCAACCAUGCCAAUACCAAACUGUUAUAGCAGAGUAUUCUGCUAAUGGUACAGCAUCCCAGCCUUCCUUGGCAACAAGUGCCAAACCAUCAGAAGUAAGAAGGAUAUUUACUAUGGGCCUCCCCUUCACAGCUCAUCAUGGAGGACAGAUACUCUUUGGACCAGAAGAUGGGUACUUAUACCACAUGAUGGGAGAUGGUGGGGGUACAGGUGAUCCAUACAACUUCUCUCAAAACAAGAAAUCCUUGCUUGGGAAGAUCAUGAGGCUUGACGUCGAUAACGUACUAAGCGAGGCAGAAAUUGAUAAACUUGUUUUAUGGGGAAACUACUCCAUCCCCAAAGACAAUCCAUUCUCAGAAGAUCCAGAAUUGAGGCCAGAAAUUUGGGCUUUAGGACUAAGAAAUCCUUGGCGCUGCAGUUUCGAUUCUGCUAGGCCUUCCUACUUUAUAUGCGCAGACGUUGGGCAGGAUCUACAUGAAGAGGUGGAUGUUAUCACCAAGGGUGGAAACUAUGGCUGGAGUUUUUACGAGGGCCCAUAUGUUUUCACUCCUCCAAAGUCACUUGGUGGAAAUACAUCCAGAAAACCUACAGACCCCAUUUUCCCCAUAAUGGGAUACAACCAUUCUGAAGUAAACAAGAAAGAAGGAUCAGCAUCUAUAACUGGCGGCUAUAUCUACCGGUCUGAGACUGAUCCAUGCAUGUUUGGAAGGUACUUGUAUGGAGACUUGUAUGCUGGUGCCAUAUGGGCAGGCUCUGAGGACCCAGAAAACAGUGGCAACUUCAGCUCAAGCAAGAUUCCUUUCAGCUGUGGACGCGACUCUCCGAUAGCUUGCAGCUCUGUCCCGGACAGCAGCCUUCCAGCUCUAGGUUACAUCUUCUCAUUCGGGGAGGACAACCGAAAAGACAUCUUCAUUCUAGCCAGCAGUGGUGUUUACAGAGUUGUUCGUCCUAGCCGUUGCAACUACACUUGCUCCAAGGAAAAUGUCACUGCUGUUGCAACCCCAGGACCUAAUGGUUCACCUAGUUCCCAUGCUACAUGGUUAUCAAGCAACCCAUCCAAGAAUGUAGUGCUCCUAUUUUCUUCUCUAGUGUUGCUUCUCCUCAGUUUUGUCUAAGUAUUACUAACUGUAGCAUCUGAUGCUGGUGUUUUGUACCAUAAAGACUUCUCUUUGUAAUUAUAUGUUCUUAAUGAAAAUAAAGAUUUUAAUUUAAAG